GUUAGCAACGACAUUUGCUAUUAGUUGUUGAUUUACAGAUCAUUUGUGAAUAUCUACAGUUUAAUAACAAGUUAACCAGCUAACAAUAAAAAAUGAAUCAAUUUUUCGUUCUCUGUGUCUUUGCCUUUGCUUUCGCUCCAACCUUUGAGGCUCGAGGUCUAUUCCAAUCACUAACAGGGAGCGUUAAACCUGGAAAAUGCCCUGAACCCACUCGACUUCCACAGCCAUUUGAACUUAAACAGUUCCUUGGUACUUGGUAUGAAAUAAAGUCAACCAAACCAGUAUUCGAGAAGGAUCUUCGAUGUGUCCAAGCCAACUACCAGUUGGACUCAGCUACUGGCAAUGUCGUUGUAAACAACAGUGGUGUCUAUGUGUCCAACAACACAAUUUUCACUGUUGGAACCGCAAAAACAACUAAACAAGACAACGUCUUAUCAGUCAAAUUCUUGCCAUACUCACCUGCCGCACAAUAUUGGGUUGUUGACACUGAUUACAAAGGUUAUGCCUUAGUUGUUUCCUGUAACAAUGUCUUUGGUCUCUUCAACUUCCGUGAUGUUUGGGUACUUUCAAGGAAUCCAACCUUAGAAGACGCUACCGUCAAAAAUCUGGUUGCUAAAUUAGACUCAGUUGGAAUUAAAGACACUCAACUAUUCGACACUUUACAGAAUUGUUAAUUAAAUGGAAUCAUUGGAAUAGAUUCAUAGAAUAAGCUACCGAUGAAAUCUGUACCAACUUGAACCAUCGAAUAAAUUUAUUCGAACUUUAAACUCAAUUGAUAUUUUGAUACAUUGCAAUACUGGACUAAAUAAAAUUACUUGAAAAUUA